AUGUCAUCGCUAGUGAUCGCUUUCAUUUACCUUCUCGUUGUCUACCUGCUGUUUAAAGUCUUCCUAAAGCAGCGCCUUUUGGCUUUCAUCAUUGGAAAAUGCGUUCCCUGCAGUAACAAACUGACAGGCUCGUACAAGCGAGAAUUGUUCGCCUCUCUGUCUGGCAUUCAAGGCGAAGUUCUGGAACUAGGCAUCGGCACGGGUGCAAAUCUAGCCUACUACCCGGAUGGUAUUGAAAUAGUAGGUUUGGAUCCAAAUCCCUAUAUGAGCCCAAAGCUAGAGGAAGCUCUUCGAAAACAUCCUGAAGUAAAGCUGAAGAAAAUGCUUGCAGGGAAAGCAGAAGACCUGAGUGCAGUUGCUGGGGAUAAUAGUUAUGAGGCGGUGGUGGAGACAAUGAUGCUGUGCUCGGUUGUAGACACAAGCAAGUGUCUGAGUGAGAUCAAGAGAGUGCUGAAAAAGGGUGGUCGAUUCUACUUCUUGGAUCACACUGUGGAUCCAGAGAGCUUUUGGAUGAGGUGUGUGCAGUACCUUUUGAUGCCACUGUGGUAUCCUCUCUUUGACUGCUCGAUGAUUAUGAAGACAUGGCAGGAGAUUGAGAGAGCAGGAUUUAGCAAUGUCAGCUACAAGAAACUCUAUCUCACAAAAUCCUUUGUUCCAUUUCUCCGAGCAUACAUCAUUGGAUAUGCUGAGAAGUAGAUGUCUUCAAUGACUUCAAUGACUGUUGAUCAGAAUUGUUGUCAUUUCUUUUCGAUUUUGUUCAGUACUUGAAGAGCACAUUUUUGUGUCGCUGGUUGCCGUGCUUGUACCAGUUUAAUGUGAACAGAGAUGCAAGGACAUAAGAAAAUGCAAGAGCAUG